CUCAGAAUCAAACAACAUAAUGUUAAGAGGGAAUUUAAAGUUGGAAAAUUAGUAAAGAAGUUUAAGGGAAAGAAGAAAGAGAGUGAAGGUGAAGAGUCACACUGUUUCACACGGCACUACGGAAACAAAGUUGAAGAAAAGAAGAAUGAAAAAGAAAAGAACAAAGUUGAAGAA